AUGCCUUCCCUCACAAGAUCGGUUCACUGUUUCGAAGAUGAUGACAAUCUGUCCUUUGAUCCGCCGUUGUGGCCCACCUGCUCUCUUUCCGUUCUGGCUACAAUGCAGAACAUAACUGUCAAAGGUGUUGCUGUGUGCAACAAGAAACGAUUGGGAAACGUGCACGUUGAACUGUACGAGAAGGAUGCCCUGAGACCCAAUGACUUUUGGUCGACACUCGACACACAACUUGAAGGCGAAUUCAGCUUUAUGGACAGUUAUUGUGGGGGAUGUGGAUGUAUGCGUGUCAGUGACUACGUGGUGCCAGCAGAGAGACUCGGUGGUGUUUAUGACAUGACUUACGUGACGCUCGACAUCGUCGUCCCAGGCGAGAGUGAGGAGUGCUGA